AUGAUUGUAAAGUUACUAGAGCGAUUAUCAGAUGAAGAAUUCUCAUUUCAAGUACAAGAGAUGAAAUCAUUGGAUAUUCUGACAGAAUUCCUAUACCAAACGCAAGAAAGAUACAUGAAUAAGACACUUUUGUUCUAUUUUGGUGAAACAAAAUUGAAUGACUCAAAUUUAAAUAUGCUUUCACAAGAGGAAGCCAACAUAAUUGAGUUUGUAGUAGUUGAUAAUAGCUCAGAAUGUUCACAGGAAUAUGAUGAAUGCAUCAUUGGGCUAUAUUCUACUUCUACUCACAUUUUUGUACAUUUAUACAGUAAAACAAUGAAAGUGUAUAAGAAUGAAGUGAAUGAUAAUGCAUUAGAAUGUUCUGUACAGACAGAAAUGGUUAAAAUGGAGUCAAAUGACAUGUAUUAUGUACAUGAAAAUCAAAUUGUUUCUUACAAUUCAAAAAAGAAACGAGAUGAAUUGAUUGAUGGAGCUUUAGAUUUCUAUGCUGACCAAAAGAAUGUGGUACAAGCAAAUAGCCAUCAAAUACAGUUGAACAACAAGGUGGUACAUAAUUUAAAAGAGGAUGAGCAAGUCAAAAACAUUCAGGUUAGAAAUGAUAAUGUUUAUUGGUUUGAUGAUACGAGACUAAUGGAAUUGAAUUUGAUUACAGACAACAAAGAAACAUAUCAAUUUGAUAAUGAGAUUCUUGAUUACACGAUAAUCAAUGAUGAGAUCUACGUAAGCACGCUGAAGUGUAUAAUGUACAGAAUACACAAGAAUAGAGUUAGCAAAGUAGUAUUACCAAAUGAACUAAGAAAAGCACGAUUGAUCUAUAAAGAUCAAAAUAAGAUGGUUUAUUCAGUACAUAAAAGAGUUUAUGUACAGGUGAAUGGUAAAACAACCAAAAUCCACGAAUUUCACUGGCAGAUCAAUGGCGUAAUUGUAUUUGAUGGUGUAAUUUAUGUAGCUAGUAACUCGCAAUUAUUCAAGAAGUCGCUCUAG